UGAUGCUAUGCGUUGCAGCUACCGUGCAAACGGUAUUUGCUGGCUAUUGCUCAAUGAACACUUUCAAUGACAAUUCCUCUUCGAUGCACUUCACCAAGGAGCCCGUGCCUCUGGAUUAUGGCUUCUCUGACAAAUUCAAAAGCAUACAUUGCUGCGUGAAAGGAUAUAGAAGUAUUGAAUGGUUUAAAGAUGGAGUGGCGUACCCGUGGUCGGCCGGUGUUUCAAACUUGAUCCUGUACCCUGAAGCGGCUAAUCAAACUUUGUACACGCACCGCGCGGCUCGCUCCGACUCGGGAAAUUACACCUGCCGCAUCAGCAAUGAAACACACAGUGAAACUCAUACUGUUACCCUCGAUAUACUAGAAAAUCCAGCGGACAGCCCGAAAACAAUGUUUGUUUCUAAGGACCAGUGGGUGGAAGAGGGUGGCCGGCUGCGGUUGUUCUGUGAGGCUCUUGUCGGUCGUUCUUAUCUAGCUGACGCCAAAAGCGAUCUCCGAUGGUACAAGGUUUGGCCCAAUGGCACCGAAGGUGAUUUGCUCUCUACACAAACUGAAAUCAAGACAAAAAGAGACGACAUUGACGACAUAAUCGGGGCGUACCUGCUGGUGGAUAACGUGCAGGCACAAGACUACGGCACGUACGCAUGUGUAGUGCACAGCAAUGACGUUCUCUUCGUCUUUAGAAACUAUGUCAUUGUUAGGCAUAAAAAUGAAGGCAGACUCAUAUUAUGGUCGAGCGACAGCGAGGUUCCUUGGCGGACGCUGUUGCUAGGUGGGGUGGCGUUGACGUUGCUGCUGGCCUCGCUGUUGGUGCUGCAUCGGCGGUAUUCCGCGGGGUUCUUGCUCGCCGUGAGACACGCGAGGGCUAGGACACACACUUCUGCACAUAGAGCUAGAGUUCUCGAGAAAGAUUUUGACGUCGUUGUGUGCUCGACGGAGGUGGACAACGAGUUAGUGCGCGGCGCUCUCGUACCUACACUCGCUCUCAAAUACAAGUACAGAGUUCAUACUGUGCCGUUGCCUACGCAGCCUGAUACAUGGUACAAGGAGUUGACCGAAGAGGUGAACCGGAGCCGGUCGCUGGUGGCUGUUGUGUCCCCCGCGCAAUACUCGCCGCAGCAGCUGCUGACCGCGCUGCGACAGCUCAGGGCGUUGACGGUACCGCCAGUCGUGGUGCUGCUACAGGACCUGCCGAAUCUGAAACGCGAGGCGAAGGACUCCGGCGAGAGCUUGGUCGAAGUGCUAAGGCGCACGACUCUCGUGCCGUGGCGGCACAUGCACGAGAAGCACUUCUGGAAGCAGCUGCGCCUCGCGUUGCCCGUACCGCCACCGCCAAACACCGUCAGAGAGAUAAAACCGAACGACACGAAAACGGAAGAAAGCAAGAACUCUCGGUCGGGGAGUCUAACAGCGCUUGUUUGAGCUUUAAAUGUUUGAAAACGUUUGAAGCCGUCGGUACGGCAGACGCGAUGUAUAUAAAGUAGUGAUAGCGAGUGUCUAACACUGAAAAGCGAAACGCGUGCCACACACGACAAUAAGCACGAACUUUUGAAUCACUUGGUUUGUUUCUACAGGUACAUUAUAAAAAUCAAAGAUAACUUUAUUUUUGAAAUUUGUACUUCUUUAUCAUUUCUCAAAUAAAUGAUUGAGAGGUAUAAUGGGUUUCCGCGAUUCACUAAUUUACCUGUAGCUAAUUUAAGUCUGGAAUUAUUGCAUGACCUCGAACAAAUCACAUGGAUCUGAGGUAACGUUUUUUUAUUCAAAUCAUUUUCUAAAUAUUAGGUCCGUAUGUUAUUAUUUUGCUACAUUAUACUGCCCGCCUUUUCGCAGCCAGAUGCAAUGAAAUCUACUACCGAAAAUAAUACAAAUUAGUAGAAACUGGUAUAAACGGUAACACUGUUUAAAGAUUCACAGAUAAUUAGUAGAAACCGUACCUUAUAUGGUAACACUGCCCUGAGAAGACAAUAUCAAUAACUUGGAUGUAUUUUGCAUUAUGUCUAUCUUUACGCAGUUAUUGUGCAUGUAUCACUAAUAAUCCACUAUGUUCAAUUUAAAUUGCCGCGGAAUAGAAUCUAUUUUUUGUAAUUAUAACAUAAUGAACUAGCCCAAAAACGGGUCCCUCGUCUUCUCGAGAAUUCUCGCGCAAUCUCUUACCAUAUCGUGUUCAUAUGCUAUGUACAUUUUUUUACAACAAUUGAAUUACAUUGCCAUCCGCAGCAAUAUAUAUAUAUAUUUAUAGCGCACAUAUAAUAUAUAAUGUAAUAAAGCCCCAAAAAAAAAGUAAAGUAGUAAAAAGUAGAGCAAAAUUUACAUUGUACGAAAAGGUUACAAUUGCCUGGUCUUUAAGUAAAGAAUUCCCUGGAUUAUGAAUACCAGACCAGAACCAAUUUAGGAUAGUUCAUUUCCCAGAUUGGUUCUACCGGGAAUCGAACUCGAGACCUUCGCAACCUGCCCCCACCGUGCAAACCGUUGCGCCGAGAUUAUUUACCUUACUCAUUAUAGCUAAACAAAAUGUUGAAUAUUUUUGCACAAAUUCCAUUCAUGUAAAAUUGAACAGCACCGAGACUAUUUACUGUAAUUUGAAACAAUAGAAAAUAUAAAACGUUAAAAAUGACGUUAAAUGAUUCUUAUCUAUGUAAGAUAUUGAUAAAAACGUAUUAGUAAAAACGGUGCUCGAGUUGAAAUUAUAUGCCACCGUUCUAAAACUACGCCGCAUUGUAAUAUUACCUCAAUAGUGAUUCAAAUAGUGCUUUUGUGAUGUCAAUCUGUUAUCAAGACUGUGAGUAGCUAUUAAUUAUAAUUGAACAAUGUAUCACACUAUUUUAUUUAGCAUUUAAGACUUAUUUCUCUAUACAGUUUUCUAAGAUCUCAACUGUCUUUCGGCUGGUGACGAAUAAAUUAUUCCGCUUCUAUUUCGCAUACCAAAGGAAACAUGUAUCAUGACAAUUUGUUCUUUCUUUCUAUUUAUUUUGUCUUUUGCAUUCACAGUUAAAGGGUUUUCUCUAUUUUCUAACCCGAAACCAAUGGAUGCAGCGGAGAGGAGACAUGUUAUUAUACCUUGUUCAUGUAGUUGGAUAUAUUAUAAUUUGGUUUAAAAAACAAAUAGUAUGAAUCACACUUAGUUGUUCAAAAUCUAAACAAAAAAUGUCAUUGUCAAAGUGUGAAUGCAGGCGUGCUAAACUUCUUUCG